GAAUUACAACCUCAUUGGCAUGGCAUGCCUGUCUUUUUUGAUUGCUCUCGGACUCAGUUAUCCAGACAAGUGUGCUUGUCUGUGAGUGUGUGAGAGAGGGAGAAUGAAAAACUUCUAGUUGUGUUGUGUUGUGUUGUGUAAUAGAAAAAGGUUUUAAAGAAGGGGAAAAUUUCUCAGACCACUUCCAAAAACAAUCAUAGAAAUCAGAAAAAGCAACCUCAGACACGCACAGUCACAGGGUAGCAAGUGAAGUUACGAAAACAGCCUAAUGAGUUUCUGUCAAGUGUUUUUAACUUUUGGGGCUGUGUCAUGUGCUGCAUUUUAGUAACAAGACUUUUCUAAAUCACUAAUACAGCUCUCAAAUGGGCACUCAUCAUUCAACUCUGUUAAAUCUCAGUUAAGUGGUUCCCUUGAUGCUUGACAUCUAAGCUCCGUUCAAUCAUUUUCGCGGCCUAUUGGGAUUCUUAUAUUAAAGAGAUCGAAGAGAUGGGAUCUCACUGGAGUCCCAGCCAGCCCAGUUGUGUUGGUGAGUCUUUUGUUGUUUUCUGGGGUUCAAAGAUUUUUCUCGAGCUGAAUUUGUAAAGACUCCAUCUUUAUCCUUCCUGAAAGCUUGUACCCCUGUGUACCACAUAUAUUCUGUUUCUUUUUUAGAGUCUGAGGCUUCACAUCUUGUUAAUUGUAGGGGAAAUAACUCUGGGACUUUCGCAAACUCGAACUUUGUCUUUCAGAGGGCCAUUAGGCUUUCGAGCAUUAGCCUUUUGGAUUUCUCAUUUGUUUUUGUACUAUACUGCAAUUUUUGUUUUUUUGGGUUGUGUUCUCCUUUAAAUGUCACAAUAUGAAUAAUUCAGAAUUGUGUUUGUUGUAGACUUGUAGUGCAUAACUGUUUUGAUUAUCGGAUUCUUGUAUGCAUCUCUUCUGGCAAAUAGUACUAGGGUUCAAAAACUAGAGCUUGAUUCUUGAAAUUUGUAAUAUUCUUCAAUUGGUGAAGAAAGAUAGUAGGUAGAGAUAAUAUCAAAGUCAAGGUCUACAUCCCUAUUCUCGUUGUAAAUACCAUAGCUUUAUGUAGUUGUUCUUGAAGCCGUGCUGAGUAUGGCUGAAAUUAGAGUACCGAAGGUAGAGCAGGGUGGUCAGACCAAAAUAAAAAAUGUGCCAAUUGCAGUGACACCAGAGGGUUUCUGGUGCUGCCCCUCUCCUGUUGUGUUUCAAAAGACCCCAAAGACACAAAGUCCUCUAAACAAACCGAAAUCAUCGCCUGCAACACCCUCACCGAAUACUGCAUUUCAGAAGAAAAGUUCUGUAAGUGAGAAAAAGCAAGCAGCCCUAGCACCAAAAUCCAAUCUUGUUUCAAGUGAUCAAAAAGCUCCUAAUUCUGAUGCAUCGCUACCUAGUCUGCCAUCCAUUACUGAGAGGACACUUAGGGUGAAGACGGAAAAUGUGCAGAGGAAGGUGUCAAUUGAGUUUGGGGAACCUGGAACGAGCGAUCUGAAGGUGAUUUUACUCGGGAAACAGGGCUUUGCUGUGAAGUUGAGUGUCCACAAGAAAAUUUUGGUUGAGCAUAGCAGAUUUUUUGCAAACAAAAUUUCAGAGCAGCAGCUUGUUUUUCCGUGUCUUGAAAUUGACGACUGUGAUGAUGUUGAAAUCUAUGUUGAAACUGUUGGACUUAUGUACUGCAAAGAAUUGAAGCAGCGGCUGAUCAAGCAAAGUGUUCCUCGUGUCCUGCGCAUCCUCAAGAUUGCAGAACAACUGGGCUUCACUUCAUGCAUACAGUCCUGCUUGGAAUACUUGGAAGCAGUCCCCUGGGUAGGAGAGGAAGAAGAAGACAAAGUAGUUAAUUCAGUGUUACGCCUGCAGGGGGAGGGAAUUGGAGUGACCCCAGUAUUGAAGCGUGUCUCUUCUGAUGUUUCAAAGCCACCUAAGGAUACACUGUCCCAAAUUCUGGAGUUGAUGCUGAAGAGCAAUGAGGAGAGAGGCCGACGUGAAAUGAAAUCCAUUGUGCUGAAGCUCCUUCGGGAAAGUAACAGUCUUCCUAGCUGCUCAAGUUCGGUUGAUGCAUGCAACGCAAUAAUUUAUGGAUCAUGCAGAAGCUGCAUGGAUGUGCUGUUGUCGGCAUUCAGACAAGCUACUGAAUCUGAGUUGACCAGCAAGCUACAUGAUUGCAAAGAACCAUUCCUAAAGCAGAUAUCUCUAGAAGCUGAUAAUCUUUCAUGGUUGCUUGACAUUUUAGCUGACAGGCAGGCAGCUGAUGAGUUUGCAGUAAUGUGGGCUAGUCAGCAAGAACUGGCUUCCCUUCAUGGAAAACUUCCUAUCAUGUCUCGAUACCAUGUUAGCUGUAUUACAGCAAGGCUUUUUGUUGGAAUAGGAAGGGGGGAGCUUCUGCCCUCAAAGGACAUCCGUCUCUUGUUAUUAGAAACCUGGUUGCAACCAUUGAUUAAUGACUAUAAUUGGUUACAACAUGGGUGCAGGUCAUUUGAUCGGAAAGUUGUGGAGGAAGGAAUCGGCAGGACCAUUCUCACAUUGCCUCUGGAGGAGCAGCAGAGCAUUUUGCUAGGUUGGUUGGGCACUUUUCUAAAGGCUGGUGAUAGUUGCCCAAAUCUUCAGAAAGCUUUUGAGGUCUGGUGGCGCAGGACUUUUGUUAGACCAUAUACAGAUUCAGUUAACCCCCCUCAGUCAGAUACCACCGUGGGGUUGAAGAUAGUAGAGAAAUAAAUUAAAAAAAAAGAAGAGAGAGAUUACUGAGUUUACUGAUGCAGAGUUUACUGAGGUAUACUGGGGUUUCAGUCUCUUUUUGAGUUUUAAGAGCAUGGAAAGCAAUAUAUGGCCGGAAGUCCAUAUGCAGAAGCCAUCCUCAUUUCAGGAUAAAACAGUUCCUUCUCUGAAGCUUAAACAAUUCCAUGAAUCUCAAAAUUCGAGCUGAUGCAUUACGGGCUCAGAGAGAUUCAUCAGGUUAAGGAGUUCAGAUUGCUUGGUGUUUGUAAAAGUUUGUAAAAUACAGUGUUGACUGUAAUGCAUGUCUGAGUCUGAGUUACAUUUGAUACGCUUGGUUCUGAAGUGAAGUGAUGUCAACUGUAAUGCAUUUCUCACAGAAAUGAGAGAAGCUGAUUUAACUACAAUCCAAUCACUGUAAUCUGUCUGUUUGCCUGCGUUUUAGCUUUUAACCAAGUCACGGAAUUUGUCUCUA